AUGAGUAAAAAGAUGAAUUCAUCUUUGAAACCCUCAUUGGGACAGAAUUUGGUUCAAUAUCAUAUAGUUGGCAGAGCAGCUCCAACUAAGAAGAACCCAAACCCAAAUACGUAUAGAAUGAGCAUCUUUGCUAAGAAUUCAGUCCUUGCAAAGUCACGUUUUUGGUAUUUUAUGAAACGUCUAAAUAAGGCCAAGAGGUCUGGCGGUGAGAUUUUAGCUUGUAACAGGUUAAAUGAGCCUAAAAAAGGACAAGCUAAAAAUUUUGGCCUAUUGUUGAGGUAUAAGUCAAGGACAGGCACACAUAAUAUGUAUAAGGAAUACAGAGACUUGACAAGGACUGGAGCAGUUUCACAGAUGUAUGGUGACAUGGCGGGUCGUCAUCGUGCCCGUGCCAGUUGUAUUCAGAUCAUCCGUGUGGCUGAGUUGAGUGACAGUGACUGCAAGAAGUCUAAAGUUACACAGAUGCACGGGAAGAAGCUCAAGUUCCCAAUCCUUAAACCAAUGCCACACGUUGAAAGAAAGGAUAGGAAACUCUUUUCAACCAAGAGGCCGUCACUAUCACUUUAA